AAAAUAUUAUACAAAUUUUACAUGGCCAAGAUCUCUCCACGUUUCCAACCACUAUUCGUCGCACCAAAAAUAUCCCAUAAACAAAGCCAGUUCACUGCUCGCCAGCGCUGAAACGAAAACGGAUACGAACUUUUUCGGCGGUAUUUUUUGUUUUCGUUUGAUACUUGUGACAUGGGAAUUGAACUACAGAACCACCACCUCAAGGGGAUUUCUGGCGGUUGGGGCGUGGGGGCUAAGCCUUGUGAUACGUGUGAAGCUGCGUCCGCGGCUGUCUUCUGCCGCGUGGACUCGGCUUUUCUUUGUCUAAGUUGCGACGUCAGGAUUCAUUGCGUCAACAAGCAUGCACGUGUCUGGAUGUGCCAGGUGUGCGAGCAGGCACCUGCCACAGUCACUUGCAAGGCCGACGCAGCGGCUCUGUGCGUCACGUGCGAUAACGAUAUCCAUUCGGCAAAUCCUUUGGCGAGACGCCACCAGAGGAAUCCAGUCGAGCCGUUUUUCGACUCGGCGGACUCCAUCGUCAAGUCCUCGUCUUUGAACUUCUUGGCGCCAAACGAAAACGGGAGUUCGGAGUUCUAUGGCGCCUAUCAGCACCAGGAGGAAGGAGAUGUGGAGAGUGGCUUGUGUUUAAUGCCGCCGUGUGAGAAACUGAGUUUGGAAAAUAAGAACGAAAUGAAAUCCGUGGAUAUGUUGUUCUGCAAAACGGAUCCGUUUCUCGAUUGUGAGUACCCAAAUUCGUAUCCAAAUUACAGUGCCGGUAUGGAUAGUGUCGUCCCGGUUCAGAGUCCGAAACCUCCGCAAAUUCAAGUUAUCAAUAACGAAAAUUGUUUAGAUAUCGAUUUCAGCCGAUCCAAAGUCGCUUCAUUAAGUUACCAAGCUCGGUCUCUCAGCCAAAGUGUUUCGUCGUCUGAUGUUGGAGUGGUUCCGGAUGAGAACUCAAUGUUCGAUACAUCUUAUCCAUUCGGCCAAAACAUUGCGUGCUGUACUAAUACAAACCAAGCAACGCAACUAUGUGGACUUGACCGUGAAGCUCGGGUUUUGCGUUACAAAGAGAAGAGAAAGAACCGAAAAUUUGAGAAGACUAUUCGGUAUCAUUCACGUAAAGCGUACGCCGAGACAAGACCGAGAAUCAAGGGCCGGUUCGCGAAACGGGCAGAGGUGGAUUCGGACGUUGAGCGCCUCUAUGCCUCGGCAGCUAUGUUCAUGCCCGGCAACCAAUACGGCGUCGUUCCGACUUUUUGAGGAAAUCCUAAUGUAGGAAGAGUUGGCUUGGAAUUCUUAAUAGGCAUGUGCUUUCAUCAUCAUCCGGUACCUGUUGCCUUACAAGUUCAACAAUGAAACUAGAAUAAUCGGACGGUUGCUGUUAGUUUUAAGAAAUGUUUUUGUGAAACUUACGGUAAUCGAUGGAGUUUUAGCCGUUAAAUUACAAGAUCAUCAGGAGGAGGAUGAUGAUCGUUUAAUCGGUUUUGUUUUUAUGUUGAGGAUUUUCUCUAUUUCCAAAAGCCCCGUUUACUUUUUCGGAAGGAGCUUCACUUCAUUGUAGUUUCGGUUUUUCUUCUUAUUGAGUAGAAGUUUCUUCUUUGUUUCGAAGGAUCUA